GUGUUUUUGAUUCUGGAAGUUUCCAAGCUGCAUCUUUUCGGUUUUGCUGCAACAACACCUGGGCAGACACCCUUUAACGUUUUAUUUACAAGCUUGUUGCAUCAAAAUGUAUCGUCUCUCAGCACUUGCUAGGCCAACAAUUAAAGGAUGUAAUUCACUUCCCCGAUUGGCGGCAUCAUUCAGUACAACACAUGGUUAUAACUCACCAAAAGAAAUAAAAACAGGCACCGAGGCAAGAGCGUUAAUGCUCAGUGGAGUAGAUCAGUUAGCUGAUACUGUUGCCGUUACGCUUGGUCCUAAGGGUAAGAAUGUACUUAUUGAGCAAAGUUUUGGUGGGCCUAAAAUCACUAAAGAUGGAGUUACUGUUGCAAAAGCUAUCGAAUUAAAGGACAAAUACAUGAAUAUGGGUGCGAGACUUGUGCAAGAUGUAGCUAAUAACACCAAUGAAGAAGCCGGAGAUGGAACUACUACAGCUACUGUUCUGGCACGUGCCAUUGCUAAAGCUGGAUUUGAAGCUGUAUCAAAAGGAGCAAACCCAAAUGAUGUCAGAAAAGGUGUUAUGAUGGCUGUAGAAACAGUAACCAACAAAUUAAAAGAGCUUUCCCGACCUGUCACCACAUCAGAAGAGAUUGCUCAAGUUGCAACAAUUUCAGCUAACAACGAUAUCUCAGUUGGUGAACUAAUUUCAAGAGCUAUGGAUAGAGUGGGUAAAGAUGGUGUCAUCACUGUGAAAGAUGGAAAAACCGUUAAUGAUGAACUUGAAGUUAUUGAGGGCAUGAAGUUUGACAGAGGUUAUAUUUCCCCAUACUUCAUCAACUCGAGCAAAGGCCAAAAAACAGAGUACGAAAAUGCAUUGGUGUUGCUUUGUCAAACAAAACUUUCCAAUGUGCAAGACAUUGUUCCAGCACUAGAACUUGCUAAUGCCAACAAACGCCCACUCCUGAUCAUUGCUGAAGAUGUGGAUAGCGAAGCUCUGACUGCACUUGUUAUUAACCGAUUAAAAAUUGGACUUCAAGUUGUUGCUGUCAAAGCACCUGGCUUUGGUGACAAUAGAAAAAACACAUUAAAAGAUAUUGCAAUCUCUACAGGUGCCCAGGUAUUUGGUGAUGAUUUAGGCCUAAAAUUAGAGGAUGUGCAACUCGGUGACCUUGGACAAGUAGGUGAGCUUGUUGUUACCAAGGACGAUACAUUACUUAUGAAGGGUCGCGGCGAUCCAGAUGCAAUUAAACAGCGGGCUGAAGAUAUUCAUGACGAAAUUAAAACAACCAACUCAGACUACGAGAAGGAAAAAUAUCAAGAGAGACUUGCCAAAUUAGUUGGUGGUGUUGCUGUUAUCAAGGUUGGCGGUGGUAGUGAAGUGGAAGUGAAUGAGAAGAAGGAUCGUGUUACUGACGCUCUCAAUGCCACUCGUGCGGCUGCUGAAGAAGGAGUUGUUGCAGGUGGUGGCACAGCCUUAAUCAGAUGUGCCGACUCGUUGAAUUCCCUGACGACUGCUAAUGCCGAUCAAGCUACCGGUGUGGAAAUCAUUAGGGGAGCUCUCUACAAACCCUGCUGGACUAUUAUUUCAAACACUGGUAUUGAACCAGCUGUUGUUGUUGAGAAGAUUGCUGCAAACGAAGACUUAGAAGAAGGUUACAACGCUGCCACUGGUGAAUUUGUGAAUUUAUUUCAAGCCGGUAUUAUCGAUCCAACUAAAGUCGUGCGUAUCGCAUUAAAUGAUGCUGCCGGUGUUGCUUCUCUACUAACAACUACAGAAGCCGUUAUUAUUGAUCUACCUAAAGAAGAACCACCAAUGCCGAUGGGAGGCAUGGGUGGUAUGGGCGGAGGCAUGGGUGGAAUGGGCGGUAUGGGAUUUUAAGUUAGCGUAAAGGAAAGAACCUUGGAGAAGAAGAUUAUGGUGGUAAAACAGACAACUAAAGCAAAAAUCCUCACCUGGACUGUGUGAAAGUACGAACGAAAAAAAACAUUUUGUAAUAAGAUUUUUUGUACUUUUUAUUUUUAUAAAACCAGAUUCUGGGUUCUCUGAAUUGCUGAAAGGAAGAACGAAUUUGUAAGAAAAUAAUAUUUAGAAAUAUACUCUAGAAGUACA